GCAGAGCCAGAAAUUCCGGCAUUACGUAUACGCCCAGUCUACGUCGAGUUGGCCACGUGUACGGACACGCGGCGCGGUUGGCUUCCUACGUUGGAUGCCCAGCAUCUUCGUUACCAAUAUUUCAUUACCAAAAACUUCGCGCUACGUUAUUGCAAAUGUAAAUGCAAAUUUCAAAUAAAAAAAAACAAAACAAAACGAUUUAGUGAAAUGUUAAAUAUUUUUCUUUCUUAAAUAUUUACCUAUAAAACAUAUAUAUAUUUUUUUUGUUUGAUUUUUUGUGUGGCAGUGCAAGUGUGUUAGUGUCAGUGGAAUAAAGAGUGCCGGCUUGAAAAAUGCGCGCCAAAAAUUGAGAAAUUUUCACAGGGCGCAGCAGCGGCAACGAAAAAAACAAAGAAAAACAACAACAAAAAAUUUUGAAAAAAACCCGACCGAAGGAGAGAAACAUAAAUAAAUAAUCUAAAGUGCAUAGUUGGCGAUAAAUAUUAUAUAUGCAGGGGAGAUCUAAGGAGGGGAAAAAUUAAAAAAUAAAUGGCGCAUGAUUAACAAGAAAAGCGUCGGGAUUUUUGCGUUACGUGUGGAGGACUCUUACGGCCGAAGGAGAGGGCGUGAGCGUGUUAAAGCGAGACGGAGACAAUAAGACUGAAGCUGGCAAACCUCACACAAAAUGCGAAGAAGAAGAAGCACUUGCAGCAGCGGACAACAACCACAGCAGCGGCCACACGAACAGCAUCAGCAGCAACAGCCACAGCAACAGCAACAGCAACAAAAUCAAAGGUUAAUCCAAGGCUCACGCUGUUCGCUGCUAAUGUUGCUAAUUGUUGGCCAAGCAGUUUACGCUUCUGCCGGCAGUGGGCUAAUCGCAAAUCGCUCGUCUUCGACGGAUGAAUCAGUUAUAAUCACGAGCGGUGACCGCCCAUUGAAUUUUACCCCUGCCACGCCUCCAGCACGAGGUUUCUCUAGUCCCUUUCGGGAGGAAGAUGUGGCAGAGGGUGAGCCUGGUGGUUGGAGGGAGGAACAGCAUCCGUUGACUAUAUCGCGGCCGCCAAGAGCAGGACGCAGCGAGCGACAGGCGGAAGAAGAUCAGGUGGAUCGUUGUCGGUUGUUCGUCGAUGGAGAUCCCACCAAGAAUGAGCUGUACAGUCCGGAGUAUCCCAAUCUGUAUCCGAAGAACAUCAACUGCACCAGAGUGAUAACAGCGCCAAAGGGACAAAUCAUACGCCUGGACUUUCGCAACUCGUUCAAUAUCGAGGCCAAGGAGGAGUGCAAAUUUGAUUUUCUCGAAAUCCGAGAUGGACAGUAUGGCUUCUCCACGCUAAUCGGCAAGUUCUGUGGCACGGAUUUUCCACCGGAGAUCACAUCGAAGGAGCGUUACCUGUGGCUGCACUUCCAUUCCGAUGAAACUAUAGAGUAUACGGGCUUUAGUGCGGUCUAUGAGUUUCUGGACAGGAAUCGAGAGGCGCCUAGCACCGAUCUGAACUGCACAAUAGACAGAGGUGGCUUCGAGGGUUUUAUCAAUUCCACAGAUGUGCCGGCGGAGAUAAGGGAACAGGUCAACCAGAACAAGAUACCGCUGGACUGCAUCUGGCGUAUACAGGUCAAGGAGAACUGGAAGAUAUUUCUCAAGUUCCUGGACUUCAAGCUGAGCAAGCCGAAUGAUUGCGAAACGAACUUUUUGGAUAUUUUCCCAGAGCAGACGGUGAUGCCAUUGAGGGUUAAGAACUUUUGCGGUUCGGCGGGUGAGAGUAUUACGGCGGAGUCAAACAUCUUGCAUUUGCGAUUUUACGCAGAUCAAAUCGCGAUUAACUCGACAUUCGGCAUUCUGUUCACGGCGUUCCGGGACCGAGGAGCUGCCUGCACCGAGGACGAAUACGAUUGCGAGGACGCGACCUGCAUAUCAAAGGAUUUGAAAUGUAAUAACCUAGACAAUUGCAAAUUUCGAUGGGACGAGGAGGGCUGUACGGGCGAGGCGGCUGGUCAAUCGGAGCAUGUGGUCAUCAUUGUGAUUGUGUUUGGUUUGAUACUCGGCGGAAUGGUCAUUACGUUCAUCGUCAAUUGCAUACGCAAGAUAAUACGUGAUCAGAAGAUAAUACGCGAGCACAUCCGAGAGUCCAAGGAGAGCAAGUUGGACGAGAUGGGCCGCAACUCCAAGGGUCGUUCGCGCGAGAAUAUUUCCAGGCAAAAGCAUUCGCAGACCUCCCUACAGAUCCUGGACGAUGUGUCGAACCGAUAUUACCGCGAGGCUGUGCCACUAUCGCAACAGUCGAGCAAGGCGGAUUUCAAGGAGAAGGAGCACAGUAUCCUGCGUCGACACGCGGACAUGACCCAAACGAGUCUAUGCGGUGUUGGCGAGGAUGAUGGUGAAUCCAGUUCAACGACAACGGCUACCCACGAACUGAUGACAAAGGCGGCCAUGUCGGCAGUGCCCUCUAAUGCCUGCGAUAUGGGCUGUCAGACGAGGGAAUCGCUGUUUGUCAACAGUCCCGGAAUUGGACCGUCGGCU